AUGGGGCGCGGGAGCGUGCUCCUCUUGCUAUGGGUGGUCGCCGUCGCCGCGGAUAAACAUGACGAGCCAAGCUCAACAGAACCGGAACACAGUACUACACCACCAACCCCACCAAUACCAUUGCGACCAGAAUACGCACAUCCAGCUGGAGUAGAAGCCUUGGACCCUUACAAUUCUGAGAAAACAAACCAACAAACCCAUCAUCGAGACUAUCUAGAAGAAGACUAUGAUCACGAAAAUCAUAAAGAAGAUGAACAUGAGAAUAGAGAGGAUACAGAUGAACUGCCUUCUUUAUCAGGAGAUCAUCUUCUACAAAGCUCUACUGAUGAUCUACCCAUGUUCUUACUUGAACCCCAACACGCUUAUGUAGUUCGUAACAAGCCAGCAAUGCUAAGAUGUCGUGCGGCUAAUGCUUUGCAAGUUUACUUCAAAUGUAAUGAUAUAAGGUCGGUUGGCAGCACGCAGUUCGAAUUUGUUGAUCCACAAAGUGGUGUUAGAAUAGUUGAAGCUGAGUGCAACGUAACGAGGGAUCAUUUAGAAGAAUAUUUUGGGGAAGAUAGAUUUUCGUGCACUUGUCACGCGUGGAGUAGCCGUGGUGAUAUUCGAAGUCAGCCAGCAAUCGUUGAAUUGGCAUAUCUCAAAAAGCAGUUCAUCGCAUCACCUUCACCCACAUCAGUGGAAGCUGGUUCCGCUGCAUCUCUGCGUUGCUCUCCACCAACGGCCGCGCCACCACCUAGAGUGUCGUGGCUCAAACAUGGAAUACCAUUACAACAAGACCAUAAUGUACUGAUAUCUGCUGAAGGAAAUCUGCUCAUAUCUAGAGCUACUUUACAGGAUAUGGCGAAUUAUAGUUGCGUGGCGGAAAACAUUGCCGGGAAAAGAAUUUCGGAGUCAGCCACAUUGACCGUUUAUGUUAACGGCGGUUGGAGUUCUUGGGGUCCAUGGACUCAAUGUCGCUGUAACGGGCGUGUCGCAGGCCAGAAGCGAACCCGCACUUGCACUGAGCCACACCCACUGAACGGUGGCGCACCAUGCCAGGGUCAAAGUGUUCAGAAGACUGCGGACUGCGUAUUAUGUCAAAGUGACGGAUAUAACAUGGACCUUCAAGUGUAUGAUAAUACACAACAACUAUUGAUCGCGUCGCCAGGUCGAUGGGGGGUGUGGACUGAGUGGUCAGUGUGCGGCUCUGAUUGCCGACAGACGAGACGUCGUUCUUGUAUGGGAGACGCGUGUUCCGGCGCCCAAGUUCAGCACGCAGAUUGUGUGGGUGACUACUGUGGCGUGCAUGGGGUUGCUGCACACAGUGAUAUACCACUAUAUAUCGGGAUCGCGGUAGCAGUGGUUGUGUUCCUGGCAGGCGCGGCUGUAGUGUACAAGUUAUUGCAGAGGAAAACCAGAGACCACUCGCUUUAUACAAUGACUAGAACUGAUUUUCAACCAGAAAUGUACCCAACGGUAGAAAAGCAGUCGUUAUCACUCGCACCCGACCUGAUGCAGCACAGACCUCCAAGAUAUGAGCAUCCACAGCCAGAUCCAAGAACUGAACACCAUUAUGAUGUUCCUCACCUCACUAAUAGUUACGCGUCACCUGUCGACCAUCAAGUAACUCCAUGCGCUUCGAGCAAGGGGCAGAGUGAUGAAUAUGACAGCAAACCGUAUACUGAAUCUGAACACUCCGCUUCCAGUUGCUUUACUAGUUCCGGCUCAAUGUAUGACGCAGCUAACGAAUCUGUAACGCUACAACUAGCGGAACUCGUGUCGAACUCGCCUAUAUCGCAAUCACUGUCGAUAUCGAGUGCAGGGGCGAGAUUAGCUUUACCGGCUGCCGGUGUUGCAUUGUCGAUCCCAGAAGGAGCCCUUAGUAGGGGAAGGAGAGAACAAAUUUAUGUGGCGGUUGUGAAAGAUGACAGAUACAGAUCACGAUUGGGAAAAGGUAUCACGCAACUGAGCCCAGUAGUUAAAUGUGGUCCGCCACGUCUCCAGCUUAAUAAGUCGGUUGUCCUUCAAAUUCCACACUGCGCUAGUCUCAAACAUGGUUUUUGGAAUCUCGCUUUGUACGCGAUCGACCAUAACACAGCAAAGACGGACACACAUCCACAGUGGAAGAAAGUCGUUAGUCUCGGUCAGGAGACGAUAAACACGCCAGUUUUCACGCAAUUGGACAGUGACAAAAUAUUCCUCGUUACGGACAUGCUUUCUACAUUUGUUCUUGUCGGUGAAAGCUUCAACGGAAAAGCGGUUAAGACACUACAAUUAGCCGUGUACGCACCUGCGUCAUUAAGUGACACUUGUACCGAAUACACUAUACGGUUGUAUGUUUUUGAAGAUACUCCAUGUGCACCGUAUUAUUGUCAAGAGCAAGAGAAGAAAUUGGGUGGUAUUUUGUUAGAACGCCCAAAAACUUUUCUAUUCCAGGACGGUGGAUCUAAUUUAUGCUUGAAUUUGGAACAUUUAAGUCCUGGUUGGAAAACUAAACCGGGUAUAGCGUAUCAAGAAAUACCAUUCAACCAUGUUUGGGGAUCGAAUUACAACGCUUUACACUGCAGCUUUAGUUUAGAAAGGACUUACGACUGUGACACUAUAGAUUUUAGUAUCUCAGCAUGUCAAAGAACAAACCCGUCAUACAAACAGACGUUUCGAAUAUCGAUAGAUGAUUUACGAAGCCGAUCGCCCCGUGGUCGAUCACCACGUGAGUCCCAACGAAGUUUUAACAUAACAGAAAACCUCCUUGAAUCUAGAAUGUGUAGGAGCGACGACGGAAGCGAUGCGAAACGCAAUGUGACUGUUAACGAAACCGGUGUAAAUGAAUGUGCGGAGAGUCCGUUUAAAUUAAGCGUUCGUGUUAAGAGGCAGCUAUGCGCCAUACUUGAUCCCCCAAACGCUCGCGGUAACGACUGGCGUGCACUUGCAGCGAGGUUGGGAGUGGAUCGUUAUACAACGUGGUUCGCCACAAAGAGCUCGCCAACUGAAGCUAUUUUGGAGUUAUGGGAGUGUAGGGAACGCGGGCCCGGCGCGACCGCCGCCUUGGCUGCGGCUUUACGUCAAAUGGAUAGGCACGAUGCGGCAGACUUACUACAUGGACGACCCUCAUGGUUA